AUCGACGCCUUCGAGGAGUACAACCUGCUCGUGGGAGAAUCCGACGGCGGCGCGGCGCUCCCCCAGCGCGAGUUCGACAGCCUGAAGCGCAAGGCCCACGAGGUGCUCGAAUCCGGCCGCCUCUUCGUGACCUGGCGGAACCUGAGCACGGGCAUGGACUGCGUCAACGUCGGGCCGCACUCGCGCUGCUUCUGCGGCCACUCGUACAAGGCGCACGCCUGGUGGGAGAACAAAUCGAAGAAGCCCCGCUGCCGCUGCAAGGGCUGCGCCUGCCCGAGCUUCAGCUACCUGCCGGGCCGCGGCGCGCAGCACGCGCGGUGCAGCUGCAAGCACCUGCCCGAGGACCACCGGUCGGCGCGCGGCCUGCCCGCGAAGUGCUCCAAGUGCGCCUGCAAGUGCUUCGCGCCCGCGGCGCGCUGCGCCUGCGGCGCCCCCUACGGCGACCACGCGACGAUCGUCGAGACGGUCCACGACCGGCGCGCGGCCGGCCGGUCCACGGAGCCGCUCUGGGACGAGCGGUCGGAGACGCACGCGGUCGCCGGCGGGCUCACGAGCUUCGCGUCCCUCGCGCCGGGC